CCCUGUCUGUUGACCCUUGAUUUCCUGGGGCACUCUUCCUCUUCAGAAAUAAACUGGGCAGGCAGCCAGACAACACUGUGGUUGGCUUCGAUUUAAGACGGGGGCAGAACACCACCCUCCAUCAGCGAGGAAGCUGUCAGAAUCAGCUCUUCCCAGGAGAAGGCCUUGGCCACACCACAAUGGGCUCCCUCAGUGCAGCAAACACCAAGUUCUGUCUGGACUUCUUCAAAGAACUGAGCAAAGCAAAAAGAAAUGAAAAUAUCUGCUUCUCCCCACUGAGCAUCUCAGCUGCGCUGAGCAUGGUCCAGCUGGGUGCCAGAGGCAACACAGCUGAAGAGAUGGAAAAGAUGCUUCAUAUUCAUGAGGCGCUGAGCAUGGCAAGUUCAGGAACCAAGAGCACGACUGGAAAGUGUGAAGAAGCUGGAGGAGCCCAUUCUCAGUUCCAGGAGCUUCUGUCUGCCCUUGGCAAAGCUGGUGCCACGUGUUCCCUCAACAUUGCCAAUAGGCUCUUUGGAGAAGUGACUUUUCAGUUCCUUCAGCAAUACUUAGACUCCACAAGGACUUUGUACCAUGCAGAGCUGGAAGCAGUGGACUUCAUUAAUGCUGCAGAAGAGUCCAGGGCGAAGAUGAAUUCCUGGGUGGAAAAGCAAACUGAUGGGAAAAUUAAAGAUCUGUUCCCUCCUUGCUCUAUUGAUCACACAACGGUGCUAGCUCUGGUCAACGCUCUACACUUCAAAGGGCAGUGGGCUAUAAAAUUUGAGGAGAAAAACACCAGGGAAAUGCCUUUCAGGAUGAACAAGAGAGAGGUCAAGAAUGUACCAAUGAUGUGUCGGACAGGAAAAUAUAAAUUAGCCAGGAGACAAGAAGAGCAAGUGACAGUGCUGGAACUCCCGUACACUGGAGAAGACCUCAGCAUGUUCAUUCUUCUGCCAAAAAACAUUUGUGAUGAGUCUACUGGCCUUGAGCAGCUAGAGAGUGCUAUCACCUAUGAGAAAUUAGCAGAAUGGACCAACAUGGAGAAUGUGUAUCCACAAAAAAUUACAGUAUACUUGCCCCAGUUCAGAAUGGAGGAGAGCUGUGAGCUCAUACCAGUACUGCAGGCUCUGGGGAUGAGGGAUGCCUUCAUCUUUGAACAAGCUGAUUUCUCUGGGAUGUCAAGAGGGCCUGGGCUGUUCCUCUCCAAGGCCAUUCACAAGUCCUUUGUGGAAGUUAAUGAAGAAGGCACUGAGGCAGCUGCUGCUACAGGGGUGACUAUAAUACCAUUGUGCCUCCACAUUCCUUACAAGUUCAGAAUUGACCACCCAUUCCUGUUCUUGAUCAAACACAAUCCAAGCAAGAACAUUCUCUUCUUUGGCCGGUGUAGUUCCCUCUAAGGGUAGAGCAGGUUCUACUUCUUUCUUCCCAAAGAGAGCACAAUACUGUGGUAGAAAGGAGUAAGGCAUAAAUAACAUGUUGCAGGUGUCACUGGCAUUUCCUAAUACCCAUAAUCUUGAUCCCAAGAAAAACCACCUAGCUGCUUUGGCAAGACUACUGGAAAAAAUUAUGAUGGGCCUUUCCUGUUUAGAGCUCUUCUCAAAUGAAAGAACAGUGCUA